AUGGCAGUCGGUGGUAUGAACUUGAAAUGGGUGCGGCGGCGCGUCACCGAAGCGCUUCUCGUGAGCGGCGCGAUCGUGGCGUGCCUUGUGAAUCACCAUGUCCCCGAGCCAUACAUGGUUCGAGACGAGAUAUUCCACGUGCCUCAGACGCAGCAGUACUGCCGAGGGGACCUGCUGACGUGGCACCCGCUUAUCACCACGCUGCCGGGCCUCUAUUACCUAGCCCUUGUAUUCGUGGGCAUGCAAUACGCUCUCCUGCAACUCCUAGGCAUCGCCAAAAUCGCUGCCCGCCUGGCGUCCACGUCAGAUGCCACGUCAGACGCCACCCUGUCAGGUGCCACGUCAGCAGCAGGCGUGUCAUUCGCGUCCCUGUGCUCCCCCGUGGCGCUGCGGCGGGCAAGCCGCAUUCGCGACCUCGAGCCUCCACCUCUUGUCCCUCAUCCCAAUGCUCGUCUUUCCCUCCCCUCCCCCCCUCUCCCCCGCUCCCAGCUAGCAGCAGGCCUCAUAAUCCGCCAGACCAACUCUGUGUGGGCCCUGCUCGCUCUCUGCCUCCCUCACUAUGCCUAUCCACUUCCUGCUCGCUCUCUGCCUCCCUCACUAUGCCUAUCCACUUCCUGCUCGCUCUCUGCCUCCCUCACUAUGCCUAUCCACUUCCUGCUCGCUCUCUGCCUCCCUCACUAUGCCUAUCCACUUCCUGCUCGCUCUCUGCCUCCCUCACUAUGCCUAUCCACUUCCUGCUCGCUCUCUGCCUCCCUCACUAUGCCUAUCCACUUCCUGCUCGCUCUCUGCCUCCCUCACUAUGCCUAUCCACUUCCUGCUCGCUCUCUGCCUCCCUCACUAUGCCUAUCCACUUCCUGCUCGCUCUCUGCCUCCCUCACUAUGCCUAUCCACUUCCUGCUCGCUCUCUGCCUCCCUCACUAUGCCUAUCCACUUCCUGCUCGCUCUCUGCCUCCCUCACUAUGCCUAUCCACUUCCUGCUCGCUCUCUGCCUCCCUCACUAUGCCUAUCCACUUCCUGCUCGCUCUCUGCCUCCCUCACUAUGCCUAUCCACUUCCUGCUCGCUCUCUGCCUCCCUCACUAUGCCUAUCCACUUCCUGCUCGCUCUCUGCCUCCCUCACUAUGCCUAUCCACUUCCUGCUCGCUCUCUGCCUCCCUCACUAUGCCUAUCCACUUCCUGCUCGCUCUCUGCCUCCCUCACUAUGCCUAUCCACUUCCUGCUCGCUCUCUGCCUCCCUCACUAUGCCUAUCCACUUCCUGCUCGCUCUCUGCCUCCCUCACUAUGCCUAUCCACUUCCUGCUCGCUCUCUGCCUCCCUCACUAUGCCUAUCCACUUCCUGCUCGCUCUCACAGCUAGCAGCAGGCAGCAUCAUCAUCCGCCAGACCAACGCCGUGUGGGCUCUGCUCGCUCUCUGCCUCUCCGCCUCGCAAUUCCUGGGCAUGCCCACACUUCUGACCCCCCAGGAAACUGCACAGUUAGAAGGGUUCCAGGCUGGAGGAUUAGAUGCGCGGGCAGGAUCAGAAGCACAGAGAGUUGCAGCACGAAAGGACACAGCAGAAAAAGACAAGGCAGAAAAAGACAAGGCAGAAAAAGACAAGGCAGGAAAAGACAAGGCAGAAGAAGACAAGACCGACAAGGACAGCAGGGGCAGAUCUGCUGAGCAUGGGGAUUUACAAAACGGCGUUGCCACCGAUCGGAUAAAGGGAAGCUUCCAGGAUCCUUCCUGGGCGACGGGGGCAGCUGCGAGAGGGGAGGACGCACCCAGGGCGCUCCUGCUGCUGCUGCACCGCGCGUGGGCCCUGCGGGGGAAGUUUCUCGGAAGCUUCUUCCCGCUGCUGGCGGUGUUGGCGGCGUUUUUUGUCUUUGUGCGUGUCAACGGGGGAAUCGUUGUCGGAGCGCGCACAGAGCACCGUCUCUCCCCCCAUCUCACGCAGCCACUCUACUUCGCAGCCUUCUCUGCACUCUCCCUCUCGCCCCUCCUCCUCGCCCCUUCCUCCCUCCUCCCCCUCCUCUCCACCACCUCUUGCUCUCUCCGAUCGGCCCCCGGUAUCAUUGUCGCCCCAUCCAUGUCUACCUCCUCUCCUUCCCUUCUCUUCCUUUCUGACCGUCGUCCCCCUUCUCUCUUUUCCACCCUCGUCCUCUCUCUCCUCGUCCCUGGCCUGCUCUUCCCAACCAUCAAACACUUCAGGUAUCAUGUCCCUCUUUCCUUUCUCCGUCCUCGCUCUUCCUCCUUCCUCCCCCUCCCUCCUCUCCUCCUCCUCUCGCUCUUCCUCCUUCCUCCCCCUCCCUCCUCUCCUCCUCCUCUCGCUCUUCCUCCUUCCUCCCCCUCCCUCCUCUCCUCCUCCUCUCGCUCUCUCCGAUCAUCCCCCACCCUCUGCCUCAGCCUCUUUCUCCUCGUCUCCGCGCUGCUCUUUCUCACCAUCGAAAACUCUCGCCCACCCCUAUCGCUAGCGGACAACCAUCACGGCCCGUUCUACAUCUAUUGUUGGCUCGGAUCCACCCUUUCCAUUCCGCUCUCUCUUGCCCUUUCUCCCACUGCCCCUCCUCCCAGCCUCGCCCACCCCUACUUACUAGCGGACAACCGUCACGACCCCUUCUACAUCUAUUGUUGUCUCAUCCACCCUUUCCGUUCCGCUCUCUCUUCUCCCACUGCCCCUCCUCCCAGCCUCUCCCACCCCUACUCACUAGCAGACAACCGCCACUACCCCUUCUACAUCUGGCGCCGGCUCAUCAAUCCUUCCCAUGCUCCCUUCUCAUCCUCCCUCUUCCUCCCUAAACACCAUCCCUCUCUAUCCCACCCGUCACAGCGCUUCCUGCUGCUGCCAGUCUACGCCCUCUCCCUCCUCGCCCUCACCCAUGCUCUGCGCCGUGCCAUGACCCCUCUCGGCCUCUUCUUUUUCUCAGCUGCAACAGCAGCAGUUCUCGUCCCAUCCCCGCUCCUCGAAUUCCGCUACUUCAUCCCUCCCUUCCUGCUUCUGCUGUUACACCUCCCCCUGCCUCGCAACCGCCUGGAAAAGAGGGUUGCAUGUGCUCUGGUUGUCACUGCCUUUGCUGCUGUAGAUAUUGCCACUAUGGCACUCUUUUUGUUCCGCCCGUUCAAGUGGGAGGGGCACGAAGGCUUGCAACGGUUCUUAUGGUAA